UCACUAACCAGACACCUUAUAAGAGGCAGAGCAGGUACCCAGUGGCCACAUACAAAGAACUCCUGUGAAGCAAUGAGAGUGCUCAGUGUUGUAUUUGUUCUGGUGUGUGUGUGCUGGGGAGCCAUAGGUGUGCAGGUCAAGGCUGGGGACAGAGUCUUUCCUUUGGAAUCAGUGAAGCAGCUGAAGGAGCUGAUGGAUUUGGAUGACGAAAACAUCAGCCUGAACCUCCCUGAGACGAGCAUUGAAGCCGCUUGCGUCAACCCACUUCUGCCACGAAUCUUCCGGCCAGUGUGUCGAGGAAGGAGAACAGGGAUUGUUUUCUCUAAGCUGGUGAAAAUCAUUACACCUUUGGAUCCUUGUGAAAUAUGCGCCAACGCUGCCUGUUACGGGUGUUUGUACUGAGGCUGCCAUCUGCCAAAUACACACACAUCCAGCGACCCAGCAACCACGAGGGUCAAGGUUCAGAGGUCAACUGAUGCCUAAAAAAUACUGGGUUAAAAGUUUUGGUACACACUUAUCAUACCUUUAUCAGAAAAAUGUCAAAAUAGACAUACUGCAUUGUUUGAAUAAAAUAUCCGUCUCUCCAAUGAAUUUCAGUUUGAACUUUUUUCACUCAUGUAUUAAUUGAAAUUAAGCUUCUCAGUAAAUAACAUUUUCAAUUUCUUUGGGUCAUUGAAAGCAAUUUUUUCUAGGGUUUAAAAAGCAAUCCACUUUUUUCACUGUGACCCACUUUAGACCUUUGUUUUCGUCUGGCAGUCACAGCCAACUAGAGCAGCUAAUUUAUGGAAUGGCAAACAGAAAGGUGCAAAAAGGCACCAAAUGGCAAGGCAUCACCAGCCUGCUUUCAUGUCCCUGUGCUUCAGAGCAAUUAUAGUCAACAAGGAUGAAAGAAAAUCCUCUUUGUAAUCAUUUAAGGCUGUGUUGCUGUUUGUAUUGUGUUUGUGUGUGCCCUCUGAUCAAUAUAACUUUCAAUAAUGGGAUUUUGAAGAGUCUUGACCUAUCAAGUGAGUCACAGAAAUCCAUUGUUUUCAACCCUUGAUGUUGUUUUCACUUCAACGUGUGCAUUAGAAUAAUUAAAAAUAAGAUCACUUUAGUUCCCCCCAUGUCACAAAAACAUGAAAAACAUUUUUCAUUUGGUUCAUCCAAUCUUUACAACAAAAAAAAACAUGGAUUAAAGGAUUGUUAAAAUGAUUUGUGCUGAAAUAAAAACCAUUUACACCCGUA